CAGCCGCAGACAGCCAGCCACGAUGUUGUGGAUGUUUUUGUCUAGUAAUGCCCAUGCAGAAGAAACGAUACCAUCUACCCAACAAGCGACGAAGAUCAUUGCUCAUACAAGUAUGUAACUCAGUUGUCUCACUUUCGAAACAGCGACCCUUUCAUUGAAAAACGGAUAAUUUUGAAAUGUCAGGUGGAGGUUCCUCUGGAGGAUGCAGACAUCACUAUGGAUGGUUCUAAAUGGUCAGGAGUUGAAUAAUUCAGUCAUAGAGUAAACAUAUCUUCCGGAAUAUAUAUUGGAACUGAUGUUCGUAGGAUAAAAUUAACACUAACAAUAACAAAUAUAUAUUACAGACGACUUUGUGGGGAAUACACAUGCAAAGUUUUGAGAGAUGAUCAUGAAGAUUUUGUACCCAGUGAUGCAUUGAAAAUUCCACAUGACGAGUUAGAACUGCAUCAUGGCCUGGACCGUGUCAAAAUGGAAAUGUAUUUGGACAUUCCCCUCCCCAGAAAUGUGCCAUCAAAAUACCUCCAACACCUUUGUCAACCCUUUCUCCUCUCCCCCUCUCUACCACUCACACACCCAUUGCUCCUACCUCUGUUGCUCCCACUUCCGUUGCUUCUACUUCCAUCGGUCCUACCUCCACUUCCAUUGCUCCUACCAUUGCUUCCACCAGAAUUCCUCCUCCCCCAAACUCAUAUCUGGCAGUAUCUUUUGCUGCCUAUAACCAUAUCCAUACUAAUUCUCAUGCUUCUAAUUUCUGCACCCGCUGUUGUUUGGCCAUGAGUUACCACCCAACACACACACUCUUUCUUCUGGAUGUGCAACCCAAUGCUGCCAGUUUCUAUGCAGCAGCUAACGACCAAUCACAUUGUGAUUCAAAUGAGUUCUAGAAGCGGGCUUACAAGGAGCUGGGCCGCCAAUAGUUCCAUGAGACUGAGACAUUUUGCAUGACACUAACAGUAGCUUAUUAUUGUGUUGGCAAACUGGUAUUUGCCACAGUGCAUGCAUGAGUAACUCAAUUUAUUUUUGCA